AUGAAUUUAAGAAAGUUUUCUUAAUAGUCCUAUUUCAAAUAAAAGACAUCUAAUACUAUUAAAAAUGAUAUUAUAAAAGAAGAAUCAGAGGAAAUAAAAUCAAGUCAAAGUAAAUUCUAAUUAUUUAAUUUAAGACAAUAAUAAACACAAGAAAUGUACAACUUAGACAUCUGCUUCACCUUAUGCUAAGAAUUCUUCAUCAUCAUAAUGUAAAUAAGAAAUAAUCUAUAGUAUUUUAGAAAUUCAAAAGUUUUACAUCAAGUACUUCCCCUAUAUAGAAAUAUCAAAUUAAGUAAAAGGAUUUAAUUAGUACUGUAUCUCACUUUACUAUAGAACAUAAAUAACAUUAAUCAUAAUCUGAGUAGUAAGAAGUAGUAGAAAGACUUCUUAAAUGGGGGAAAAAGAAAUAAUGUGAAAUUAAAGAGAAACAAGAAAAAUACUAAAAUGAAGAAGAAAAGAAGCUUUUGGAAAAACCUAUAUUAUCUAAAGAAACUCUUAAAAUUUAUGAGUCAGGUUUGAAACAUCAUUAUGAAUUGAAUAGCUUUAUUAAAUUCAAACAUUAAUUUACUUAAAGAUCAUGUGAUUACCCACCUCUUUAAAAAUUAGAAAAAUUAAAAAAAGGAACAACAAUUAUGAUUGAAUAAGAUGAGGAAAUAGAAGAUAAACCUGAUGAUAUAAAUGAUAAAACAACUUAAUAUAAAUGCACUAAUUAAAUACAAUCUGAUUUAACAGAAAACUUAAAUAGAGAAUCCAGAAGUAAAUCUGAUUAUACUACAAUGCCUAUUCAUCUAAGAUAUUAAUAUGAAAUACAAUUAAAAAAUGCAAAAUUAUAAUAAAUGAUUGAUUAAAAAUAGAAAGCAUUUGAAUAAGAAUUAGAAUUAGCAAAAAGUAUAAUUUUAUAAAUAUCAAAGAAUACAAUAGUACUACUGAAUAAUUUGAACAUUUCUUAAGUGAAUAAGAGAACUUUUUGAAAAAGAAAUAACAAUUUUAUGAUGCUAAUUUAAAAAAAGAAUUGGAAAAAAUAUAAGAAAUUGAUUCCCAUUUCUCAUAUAAACCAGAAAUUAACUUUCCCCCUUAACCUAUAAAAGUAUCUAAAAAUAAAGAGUAAGAUGAAAAGUUCAAUGAUAAACUUCAUACUCUUAGAGAAAGACAAUAAAAAUAAAAAAAUAUUUACUUUUUUAAAUCUACUCUACCUGAUAUGAGAAGAAAUAUUAAAUAAAAAUAUUAAGAAGUAAAUAUCAAUCUUUAUAUGAAAUAGAUUCUCCAUAAAAGUGAAAACUUUGCAGUUUCUUAAAUUUAAUUUCAAACAGAAAGUUGA